GAAUCUGAAAAUCAAGAUUAGACGACAUGUCUCAUUUUGUGUUUCUCGUUAUCAUUUCCAUGUUCAUUAAUCUGUCACAAGGAGCGCAAAUGCCUUAUAUGACAACAGAUCCGAAAGAAGUUUCCGGCAAGUCAUUCGAUUACAUCGUUGUUGGAGGAGGAACUGCGGGAUGCUCCUUAGCCGCGACUCUGUCUGAGAAAUACUCUGUUCUGGUCAUUGAGCGCGGUGGUUCGCCUUUUGGAGAUCCAUUAGUAGAAGAAAGAAAGUACUUUGGAUACUCAUUGCUAAAUACAGAUGAAUACUCAUCUGUUGCGCAAAGUUUUACCUCUGUAGAUGGAAUCGAAAACUACAGAGGACGCGUUCUUGGAGGAUCGAGUGCUAUAAAUGGCGGAUUUUACAGCCGAGCUAGCGAUGAGUUUGUGAAGAAAGCUGGCUGGGACAAGGAUCUGGUUCAAGAUUCUUAUAAAUGGGUUGAGUCUAAGGUUGUCUUCAUGCCAGAAUUGACUCAAUGGCAAUCUGUUGUUCAAUUUGGGUUUCUUGAAGCCGGGUUUUAUCCGUAUAACGGAUAUAGUUUGGAGCACACGCAAGGGACAAAGAUAGGUGGAAGCAUAUAUGAUCAGUGUGGGAAAAGACAUACAUCUGCAGAUCUUUUGGGAUUUGGUAAACCAAAUUGCAUCACUGUUCUUCUAAACUCAACGGUAAAGAGCAUAAUCUUCGAUGGUAAUAAGACUCGUGCGGUUGGAGUUAGGUUUAUGGAGAGUGAUGGGAAUUUUAAUAAGAGCUACAAAGCUCAUGUUGAGAAGCAUAGAGGCGAGGUUAUACUCGCAGCUGGGGCUUUAGAUAAUCCAGCAAUUUCUCUUCUUGUUGAUAGAUUCUCGCAAAACCGCACACUCGAGCCACCUCAAGUUGCAGCGAUAGCAGAAGGAUACAAAUUCAUAGUCGAAUCCGAGGUUCUUCCAAUUGACAUUACCACAACAAGAAUCUCUAUAGCAGCCAAAAUUGCAUUCCCUAAAUCCAAAGGAAGGCUCAAGCUUAACAGCACUAACCCUAUGGAGAAUCCGUCAGUGAAAUUCAACUACUUGAAGAACAAGGAAGACCUCGACGCAUGCCAAGAGAUGGUUCUGCAUCUUCAACACGUAGCGAGGUCUGAGACUGUGACGUUUUUCUUGGGUACACAAGCUCAGGAUAAGCUUGUGGCAGGUGACGAAGACCUUAAGAACUUCUGUAAACAGAAUGUUAGAACUUAUUAUCAUUACCACGGCGGUUGCAUUGUGGGAUCUGUCGUGGACGAGGACUAUAAAGUUAAUGGUGUGAAGCGUUUAAGAGUCAUUGAUGGUUCAACGUUUGAAGAAUCACCAGGAACAAACCCUAUGGCUACUGUUCUAAUGUUGGGAAGAUAUCAAGGAAUCAAAAUACUCAAAGAACGAGAAGAACAAGAAGAACAAGAAGAAAGGUUUCUUAGCCCUCAAGGAAGCCCACAACCACAACCAUAAACAUUGAAAUCUUUGUUUUUUUGUUGUUUGCUUCAACGAGAAUGAAUCAUGUUCUUGAAU